AGAAGAAGAUGUGGAUUUGUGUUUUACAGCUUCAUGUAUUGAUUCUGUUAGUUCUUUUUUGUUGCAAAAUCUCAUGUAUUCUUGAUGGCAGUUCUUCAAUGGAACAGAAACCUAAUUACAGAACUUCCUAUCACUUUCAGCCACCCAAAAACUGGAUGAAUGACCCUAAUGGACCUUUAUACUACAAAGGAGUUUAUCAUAUAUUCUACCAAUACAAUCCCAUAAGUCCUGUGUUUGGAAAAAUCUCAUGGGCACAUUCGGUUUCUCGCGAUCUUAUCAAUUGGGUUCAUCUCGAAAGAAUGCUAGAUCCAACUGAUAGUUAUGAUCUCAAUGGUUGUUGGUCCGGUUCGAUCACAAUCCUUCCAGGGGGCGAGCCAACCAUUCUAUACACGGGGGUUGACUUUAAUAAUAGUCAAGUCCAAAAUCUAGCCAUGCCUAAGAACUCAUCCGAUCCUCUUUUAAGGGAAUGGGUAAAAUCAGAACAUAAUCCAUUGAUGAUCCCGGUUGAUGAAUUGGAAUCUAAGAAUUUUAGGGACCCGACAACUGCAUGGCUUGGACCGGAUGGAAUUUGGCGUGUUAUUAUUGGUGGUGAUGGAAACGCGGUUUUGUAUAAAAGCGGAGAUUUUAUUGGAUGGACGAGGAGCGAUCAACCGCUUCAUUCCGCAUUUGGUAAGACCGGAAUGUGGGAAUGUCCUGAUUUUUUUCCGGUUAGUGUUGAUGGGAAGAAUGGUGUUGAUACAUCGGUUCUCGAUGGGCGGAUAAAACAUGUUUUAAAGGCGAGUUUCGAGGGUAGUCACGAUGACUAUGUAAUUGGUAGUUAUGAGGGAUUAACCGAUAAAUUUAAGGCGGAAAGUGAGUUUAUGGAUAGUCGAUUGCAAAUGAGAUAUGAUUAUGGGAAGUUUUACGCUUCGAAAUCAUUUUUCGAUAGUGCGAAAUCUAGGAGGAUUUUGUGGGCAUGGAUUUCUGAGUCUGAUGGUGAUGUGGGUGCUAUUGAGAAAGGAUGGGCUGGCCUUCAAUCAAUUCCAAGGACAAUUCUACUUGAUAAAAGUGGAAGUAAACUAGUACAAUGGCCUGUCGAUGAAAUUGAUCAGCUUCGAUCAAACGAAGUGAAAAUCCGCGACAAAAUGCUUAAGGGUGGUGCACUUAUUGAAAUAGAAAACAUCACGGCUUCGCAGGCGGAUGUGGAAGCAUCCUUUAAAUUUGGAAAUCUGGAGACCGCGGAGGAUUUGGAUGAGAAAGACUUGGUUGAUGCACCACUUCUUUGUAGCUCAAGGCGCGCCUCGAUGAGAGGUGCAAUAGGGCCUUUCGGGUUGAUCGUUUUGGCAUCCGAAGGAUUGGAAGAGCAAACCACAAUCUUCUUUCAUGUGUUUAAGAAUGGUGCAAAAUAUGUGGUUCUCAUGUGUAGUGAUCAAAGCAGAUCUUCUUUGGGAGAGGGCUUAGAGAAAGCUACCUAUGGAGCAUUUGUGGAUGUGGAUCCCCUUCAUGAAGAGAUUUCUCUUAGAACAUUGGUAGACGGAUCCAUAGUGGAAAGCUUUGGUGGAGGGGGUCUAACAUGCAUUACGGCUAGGGUAUAUCCCAAACUAGCUAUCGGAAAAGAAGCUCGACUUUACAUAUUCAACAAUGGAACAAUUGACGUGGCCAUAUCAAGAAUGAACGCGUGGAGUAUGAAGCCCGCACAAUUUCAUGAGUCGUAUUCUUCCCAAGAAACGGACAUGUUAUGGUGCCAACAUCAAUUUGGUUUUGGACACGGUGUUGUUUGCUAAGCUUGUGUGAAAAUAAUUGUUGUUCUGUUAUAGAGCAAAAUGUUUAAGAUUGACAAACAACAACAAUUAAAUAAAGACUUGGCUU